AGGAGGAAACUGGACGCUGUGUAUUACUACAUGCGCAGCCUGGCGGCCAGCAACCCCAUCCUGACGGCCAAGGAGAGCCUGACCAGCCUCUUUGAGGAGACCAAGCGCAAGGCAGAGCAGCUGGAGCAGAAGAGCCCCGCCGAGUGCAGCCAACGAAGCAAGAAGGCGGCUUUCCGGCCCUCCGGGGAUGACGCCACCCGCCUGGAGCUCUGGAUCCACCCCUCCCACCCGCGCUCCGGCCAGGACCACGAGGCCAGCCGGGACCCCCAGCAGGACGGCGGCCUGAGCAGCCUCAGCCCCAGCGAGGCCUGGGCCUCAGAGAGCUUCCGCCCGGGGUCACGGCGAGGGCAGGGCUGGGGGGAGCUGGGCUGCUUUGCAGAAGUGCCCGUGGGCUGGUGCCGCUUCCUCUUGUGGGCAGCCAGGCCCGGAGGUUCCCAGCGCCGGCCCGGCAG